UGCCCAUUUUUGCGUCAGAUUUUAGUUCCUUUUAUUUUUCCUGAUCAUUCUGAGUUGUAGUAUAAGAUGAUGAUGGUUGUUUGUGUCUAUAGCAAGGAUGACAUAUUAAGCUUGAAAUUUAUCCUUCAGACUAUCGUUUGUGUUUCCUGUUUCUUUCUUUAGGUAGCAUUCUAUUCAAUUUUUUCCUCCUAACUGAUAAUACACCAUUAAGUAGCAUAUUAGCCUCUUAUGUUCUUUUUGUUUGAUAACCUAGAACAUAAUACUUCUUAAUGUUCUUGAUUCACUUUGCCCUUGAUAUAUGCAGUGCUUCACCAUGACAAAAAAAAAUCUGGUUUACUUAAGUUGAUUUAGUUGGAUUGAUCCAGAAUAACAAUAUGAAAUUUUGAUGAUUUAUAAUUUCUGAACUGCGCUCUAUUUUGCAUUGUAGUUUAUUUGCAGAGAAUGGUUUUGCGAUCUUUGGUAUUAGUUAAAGAGAAUGCUAAAGCAUAUGGAAGAGUGGUACCUGUAAUCAUGGGAUGUUGUGGUUUAAGCUUGCUUGAAUCUUGUUCCAGCCGAAGAGUAACACCUCCGAAAGGCUUUGAUUUUUAUUUUUUUGGAGAACUGAGUCGGUGAAUAUGAAGGAUUCUGAUCAGUUUCUCCACUACUAUUUCUCUGCAUUUUGUUUCUUACUAAAAAUAAAACCUGCUCUGCUCACUUAUACACCGUUAGUCUAAUUUUCGAACCGUCCUCAAUUCUUUAUUACGUGUCUAUUCCUCAGUGCAACUCCUGAAUUUCUAUGCACUAUGCAGUUCAUCACACACAUGUUAGAUUGCAACUAUGCAAGCCACUUCAAAGACUGACACGAAAGGGUUGAGAUGUUAGGUGUUUUUUACACCUUGUUACUGUGAACAAACUGUUUCCAUACUUGCAUAGUGUUUACCAUGUAUUGUGUUCGGUGAAGUAUCCAAUUUCUUCCGUUUUUUAGUUAAAAUGCCAAGAUCGCUAUUUCUAAGAUUGAAGCCCGCUAGAGCCGCGAGGUCCACCACUCCGUCUUGGAUGCCGCUUCCGCCAUGGAUUCUAAGCAUUCAAAUAAAACACACAGCGUCGGUUGGAGCAUCGGUGAAACCGUUGUGUAUGUUGGUAUGCUACUUCGAUGCCGAUGUGAUGGUUCUUUCCUCCCUGUUGAUCAAGCUGUCCUAGUUGUCUCACUCAUCGCUGGCCGCCUUGAAUUGAUGCUUCCCUCCGUCUUUUGUCGUUGUUGCGGUUUUCUCCCAUGGACCACAAGCUGGGCAAGUAUUAUGCAAAGGUGCAAGAUUGUCAAUGAUGGCUUCACCCUAAAGCAGUUCAUCUGUCGAUAUUCUUCCAAAGGCUUGUGUGAAUUUCCUCUUCGGUGUUUCAAAUACCGUGUUUCUACUCUCCCACAAAAAGAAGUACAACAGAGUCUUAAUUUAAUGAUAACGCAUGAGGAUAUCGGAAGAGGACUAUCUCUGAUUUUGGAAGCUAAUGGACUAGAGCUAAAGCAAUCUGCCAGUGGUUGGGAUCCUACUGAGAUUAGUAUAAAGCAUGAAGAAUGACCUUGCCAGGAACCACUACUUUCAGUGAGACGGUUCAGCAACUACGACAUUCAGCCUGCAGCGGCAGGUACAAAUUGGAAGAUGGAGUCUGCUGAGAUUGUUAGAAGAGUUGUUGUGGCAGCUGCCAUCCAUAUCUGCUGUGAGUUAGUCUGGAGAUAGUGUGUGCCUCUCAGUUCUGUUGUGAGUUAGCUUGGAGAUAGUUUGUGCCCCUGUUUACAGCUAUUGUUGGUAUUUGUCCAUGUGGUUCGCUGCUUGAUUCAAUGAUUCUAUUAAUAAUUGUAGGCAGAGGUAUGUAGCCUUUGUAUGGUAAGUUUCUUCAAAAUAUGUAGAUUCAGCAUUUCUAAAUUCCUUUGAAUGACGGUGGGAACCGGGGAGCUAAGCAACCGAUUUGUAGGUUUGUCUGUAGUACGUAAAGACAUGCAUCAGCAGUAGAAUAAAAUAAGUAAGACUUAUGGUUUUAGUUCUGGCUUGACUUUGCCCUUCCACGCCCUCUCAUCCUCCAAAUCAACAGUUCUUAUCAGGAAACAUCUCAUCCUUCAUUCUGCAGUUAGUACCUCUGCACCGUUUUUAAUUCCAUAUAUAAGUAUAAUUCUGCUGUUCCUGAUAGUUCAAUAUCCAUUAUCUUGCCAGUUUUAUUAUGAAAUGAAUUAGCAGUAUCCUUCUCUAAUUUCCCAUACUCAGGAUUCCUGUUUCGCAUUCAUGCAAAUCAGAAAUCAUAUAUACAUGUUAAUAACAUUACCGAUCACUGCUAAUACUAUCUUUGGUAAUAGCGUGUGCUAGAAUUUAUAUGGUCUUGUGUUUUUAAUUAUGUUAUAACAUAAUUAAUGCUCAC